UUUGUUUCCUUGCUUCAAGAUCUUUCUCAUUUUUUUUGUUCAUCAACUUGUUUUUCAUUCAAAAGUGUUUGCAAGUUCUCUCUUAUUUUUACCAGAUUUCUUGUUUCCUUGAAUUUCCAAGAUUUUCUCCAAAAAAAAGAAAAAAAUUGAAUUUUAUAAAGGGUUGAUCUGUGUCUGAUCAUUCUUGUGCUUGAACUUGCAUAUUUUUGUGUUAAAAUAAAAGGGUCUUUCUUGAGUUGAGAAAACACACUUCACAUUCCACAAGGGGUUUCUGCCCCAAGAGAUUUUUACAAUUUUAAUAUAUGGGCAAAGAAAGAGAGGAAGGAUGUUCAAAAGCACUGACACAUACAUACAUACAAACAAAAACAAAAAGAGUGAUCAAAAAGAGUAUUGUAACAUAUCCUGUGCUUUCAUAAAAGGGGCUACAACUGCACCAUCUCCAAAUCUUGAUCAUUAUUUUCGUAGAUCUUGCUCUUGAUUUUCAUCUGAAACUAAAAGAAUAUGUGCCUUUACCCUAUUUAGCCACAUGGCUGUAUAUCAAGUAUAUAUAUGCACUCAACUUCUCAUAUAUCAUAUAUUGUUCAUGAAGUUAUAGUUCAAUUCCUUUAAACUUUCAUCCAAAGAAGAACUCAAAAAUGGGGAGGGGAAAGAUUGAAAUUAAAAGGAUUGAGAACACAACAAAUCGCCAAGUGACCUUCUGCAAGAGAAGAAAUGGACUUCUAAAAAAAGCUUAUGAGUUAUCAGUGCUGUGUGAUGCAGAAGUGGCUCUCAUUGUCUUCUCAAGCCGUGGCAGACUCUAUGAGUAUUCAAAUAACAACAUAAGAUCAACUAUUGAGAGGUACAAAAAGGCAAGUUCAGAUCAUUCAAGUACGAGCACUACCACCGAAAUUAAUGCUCAGUAUUAUCAACAAGAAUCUGCAAAGCUGCGACAGCAAAUACAGAUGCUGCAAAAUUCUAACAGGCACCUGAUGGGUGAUGCCUUAAGCACACUGACUGUGAAGGAACUUAAGCAGUUGGAGAAUAGACUUGAAAGAGGAAUCACUAGAAUCAGAUCUAAGAAACAUGAGAUGCUACUGGCAGAAAUUGAAUACUUCCAGAAAAGGGAGAUUGAGCUGGAAAAUGAAAACCUUUGCCUUCGGACUAAGAUAACUGACGUUGAAAGGCUUCAGCAAGUAAACAUGGUUUCUGGACCAGAGCUGAAUGCCAUUCAGGCAUUGGCUUCGCGUAACUUCUUCAAUCCAAACAUGAUGGAAGGUGGAUCUGUCUACCCUCAGUCAGAUAAGAAGAUUCUUCAUCUUGGGUGAUCAAUAAAUUAUCAUUCGCUAUAGCCUAUGACUACCUAUAUAUAUCGAAUUAGCGGGUGGCUAAAUGCAUUAUUACUACUCUUUCGAUUAAUGCUCAUUAGACCAAGACGUUAAAUUCUCUUUUUCAAUAUAAAUUUACUAUGGAUACUUAUAUAUUGAUGAUUGUAUGAUCUGAUAACAAUCUAUGUUGUUAGAAAAAAUAAUUAAAAAGUAGAGUUGUGUAUGAAGACACUUAACUAUUAUUAUGGCAUUACAUGAACCACUGUUUAUCUAUGAACUUGCAUUUAUCAGAGUGAUAUAAUUA